AUCAUUUAUCCAGAUAUGGAGGCAUCAGAAAUUGAAAAACCGAUCGAAAAGUGUCUGUACCGCCAGUCGUCCGCGGAAACGAGAUUGUCCCCAAUACACUUCUCGGAGGACUCUGGCGACUCUUGCGAUGACGAAAUCGAAAAAAUCUGCCGAACCCCAAAGGUUAUCGACGUAGUAUUGAAACCUGACGAUGAAAAACCAAACGCGGACGAAACUGGGGAGAAAAAAAGUGUGGGUGUACUGAAAGAUCUUCAAUCUGCAAGAAAAAUGGCGUCUCCUCGACCCAAAUCUCCUCGACAAGUGAUCUCAAAAAAUGACAAGGAAGAAUCUUUUUGGGAUAAAAUUGGGACCCUUGGUCGCAAAAAACGCAUUAAGGAAGUGCAGGAAGUCGAGUCGGAAGGGAAAUACGCCAUCGAUUCACCGGGUAGCCCUAAUGCUCCCGUCGUGCCCCCGGAGGAUUACGCCUUGGAAGAAAACGAGGAACGUUGCAUGAUACAACCGCACGCGUUUAACGACCGCAAACUGCAUGAGCUGAUGCAAGUACUGAUCGAGUGGAUUAAUGACGAGCUGGCCUCGCAAAGGAUAAUUGUGCAGGACCUCGCCGAGGAUUUGUACGACGGUCAGGUUCUGCAGAAGCUCUUCGAGAAACUAACGAACGAAAAGUUAGACGUACCGGAAGUUACCCAAUCUGAGGAGGGGCAACGACAAAAGCUCUCUGUCGUACUCGCCUAUUUUAACAGAGUUUUAGGCGUGCACGGAGUGACCUCAAAUAAGUGGAGCGUGGAGGCAAUUCAUUCGAAAAAUUUGGUAUCGAUUUUACACUUGCUCGUCGCUUUGGCUCGACAUUUUCGUGCGCCGAUCCGUUUACCCGAGCACGUUUCUGUUGACGUCAUUGUCGUGCAGAAGUCAUACGGCCAGUUAAAUUAUCGAACGGUACGUGAAGAUCUCACGGCGGCCUAUGACGACGUCGGCAUGAGAUGCGAACGAGAUGCUUUCGAUACACUUUUUGAUCACGCACCUGAUAAGCUACAAGUUGUGAAAAAGUCUCUGGUUACGUUCGUCAACAAGCAUUUGAAUAAAAUUAAUCUGGAGGUGACCGAAUUGGAGUCUCAAUUCCACGACGGCGUCUACCUGACGUUGCUGAUGGGAUUGUUGGAGGGAUUUUUCGUGCCAUUGUACAGUUUUCAUUUGACACCAAAGGAUUUCGAGCAGAAGGUUCACAAUGUAUCGUUUGCUUUUGAACUAAUGGAGGAAGUGGGAAUUGCAAGACCCAAGUCACGUCCCGAAGAUAUCGUCAAUCAAGAUCUGAAAUCGACUCUGCGUGUGCUGUACAAUUUAUUUUCAAGAUACAAAAAUAUUGCCUAAGUUAACCAACAUAAAAAGUAUUAACGUAUACUAAGUGCCUUUUAUAAUUAAUAGAGUAUUAAUAAAAUUUAUUUUAACAAUA